UACCGCACUUUAAAUAAACACCAUCCGUCCUCAUUCACUACCCUUCUUUCUCCUUUAAAAUCCUCUCCCACUUGCAACUCCCCACCAUCACCAUCGCUCAAGAAAUGGCCCUGAAUUCUUUCCGGGCCUUUCUAUCUAUCUUUUCUCUCCUCUUCACCAUUGUCGCCGCUGAAGAUCCCUACAGAUUCUUCACCUGGAAUGUCACAUUCGGCGACAUUUAUCCUCUUGGUGUUCGUCAACAGGGAAUCUUGAUCAAUGGCCAAUUCCCAGGUCCUGAUAUCUACUCCGUUACCAACGAUAAUCUCAUUAUCAACGUCUACAACAGCUUGACUGAGCCUUUUCUACUCUCCUGGAGUGGCGUUCAACAGAGGAGGAACUCGUACGAAGAUGGUGUGUAUGGAACGACAUGCCCAAUCCCUCCGGGGAGGAACUUCACCUACAUUCUCCAAGUGAAGGACCAAAUCGGAAGCUUCUUCUACUUCCCUUCUCUUGAUUUCCACAAGGCCGCCGGCGGUUUCGGCGGCAUCCGAAUCCUCAGCCGCCCUAGAAUCCCUGUCCCCUUCCCCGAUCCCGCCGGCGACAUCACCGUCCUCAUCGGAGAUUGGUACAAAGCAAAUCACACGACAUUGAAGGCCAUUCUAGACCGGGGUAAGAAGCUUCAUUUUCCAGAUGGCAUCCUCAUCAACGGCCGUGGUCCCAAUGGAGUCUCUUUCACUGUGGAGCAAGGAAAAACAUACAGGUUCAGGAUAUCAAAUGUUGGGCUGCAAAAUUCACUCAACUUCCGGAUUCAAGAUCACAAGAUGGUGUUGGUUGAAGUGGAGGGAACACACACUCUCCAAACUACCUAUUCCUCCCUUGAUGUUCAUGUUGGACAGUCCUACUCUGUGCUAGUGACUGCUGAUCAGCCUGCCCAGGACUUCUACGUUGUGGUCUCAACCCGGUUCACCUCUCAGGUCCUCACCACCACCGGUAUUCUCCGAUACAGCAACUCUGCUGGUCCAGUGUCAGGCCCACCCCCAGGUGGACCCACCAUCCAAAUUGACUGGUCCCUUAACCAGGCUCGCUCUAUCAGGACUAAUCUUACAGCAAGUGGACCAAGGCCUAACCCACAAGGCUCUUACCACUAUGGUAUGAUCAACACCUCCAGAACAAUCAGGCUUGCAAGCUCUGCUGGUCAGGUCAAUGGCAAGCAAAGAUAUGCUGUUAAUAGUGUAUCCUUUGUCCCAGGGGACACACCCCUAAAAGUUGCAGACUUCUUCAAGAUUGGAGGAGUUUUCCGUGUUGGAAGCAUAUCAAACAAUCCUACUGGUGGAGGAAUAUACCUUGAUACUUCAGUUAUGGGAGCUGACUUCAGAGCAUUCGUAGAAAUUGUGUUUGAAAAUCCUGAGGACAUCAUACAGAGCUGGCACAUCGAUGGCUACUCUUUCUUUGUAGUCGGAAUGGAUGGAGGAUUGUGGACAGCAAAUAGUAGGAACCAGUACAAUCUCCGUGAUGCAGUUGCCCGUUCCACUACUCAGGUAUAUCCCAAGUCAUGGACUGCAAUUUAUGUGGCACUCGAUAAUGUGGGAAUGUGGAACGUGAGGUCUGAGUUCUGGGCAAGGCAAUACCUAGGACAACAAUUUUAUCUACGGGUUUAUUCGCCAGUAGAGUCUAUCAGGGAUGAAUUCCCAAUUCCAAAGAAUGCACUGCUUUGUGGUAAGGCAAGUGGUCGACGAACAAGGCCCCUCUAAGAGCCAGCGGCAAGCCACCAAAGCUCUGGAAGUGUUAGGGGAAACCUGUGUGGCAUAGGAGGAUUAUUAAGAGUAGAGAUAUUCAUAUAAUCUUUAUGCGUGGGAGUUUAAAUGACCUCAGCUCGAGGUCACAUUCUUUUUUAACUAAAGGUUGUAUUUUGUUUUGUUACUAUUUAUGUAUUAUGCCAUUUUAUAAAGAGAGGUGGUUAAAACUUAUUAAAUAUCCUCUAUUUGUAACAGCAACUUUGUGUCUCUCUCUCUUUAUAAUAAUAUUAGGCAAUUUACCUUGUUACCCGGAAAAUAUAUGUAUUCAUUGCCACCUCAAAGUGCCCCUCUAUUUCUAAUGCA